CACACACAGCAGCACUCUUACACACACACGGCUUCAGAGUAGAUCGCGGACAGCACAGGGUGGAUUUACUGCAAAUGUGAACCAGCAACCUUCACCCAUGGAUAACCGCAAAAGUUACUUAAGUUAUUCAAAUGAGGCACCCCGGGAAUGUAAGGACAAGUGAAGGGUAAAUUGACGGAGUAAUGACUGAGGAUGACAUGGCCAAUGUCCGUGGAUUAUUUGUCUGUCUGAUGACACUGCCGACCAUCCAGGCUAAUGGGCUGAGCACUCAAAUCAGUAGAAACACUUCAACCUUGAUACCUAAGACUUUCAACGGUAAAACCUACAAAUGGAGCUACACAAAUCAGCUGCCUGCCUCAUUUAAUAAUUUGACAAACCCCCCACUGCUCGAUGUGAGUCCAAACGACCCGGCGGCAGCCUACACAAGAGGGGCUCUGAGUACCCAGGUCAUCCCCUCAUUAUACAGCCUGGCAAUGGUGCUGGGUAUCCCCUCGAAUACAUAUAUCCUGGCCUUUCUGAGGGUGAAAGCAAGGUGCUCCACUGCAGUGCUCUACCUGAGCCUGGCCUUAUCAGACCUACUGCUACUGCUCUCCCUGCCACUGCGUAUCCACUACCACCUGAAUGGAAACCACUGGAUAUUUGGGGAAGUUACAUGCCGAGUCAUCACAGCCCUUUUCUAUGCCAACAUUUACUGUUCAGCUAACACCAUUGCAUGCAUCAGUCUGAAGCGCUAUCUAGCCGUGUCGAGGCCCUUCUUGUACAGGAGGCUACCCAAGACCACUUUGGCAUUAGGCGCAUGCUUAGGAGUGUGGCUCCCAUUCGGGGCAGCUGUGGUGCCCGAGCUUCUGGUCCGGCAGAGCUACCAAUUGCCCCAGCUCGGAGUCACCACCUGUCAUGAUGUACUUCCCCUAAAAGAAAGCUCACAUACCUUGCUGGUAUCAUAUAGAUUGAUACUAGUCUGCACUGGCUUUAUAGUGCCCUUUUUGGUUUGUAUCUGUGCCCAUGUGGGAAUGAUGUACCACCUGGGGCGAUCCAGCUGCAACUGGAAGCCUUUUAUUAGGGUCAGCUCCCUGGUCCUCCUUAUCUUCAUGGUAUGCUUCUCCCCCAGUGCCAUCCUACAUAUCGCCCACUACAUCCAUCUGUUUUUCCAUGGGGACGACAGGUUGUACGGAUACUACAAAGUAGCAGUUUGUCUAUGCUGCUUCCACAGCUGUCUGGAUCCCUUCCUGUGCAUUCUUAUGUCCAAGACAACAGCCUCUAAACUGCAAUUUAUCCCCCUUCAUGGGACAACCCAGAGGCCCAGUGUUAUGAUCUGAGACUAGGUCCACUUUUUUCCGCUUCUGGUGUGGGAAGAUGGUGGCGCAAAUUCACGUUUGCGGUGGCCUCACCCAGUACCGUCCAUGCAGUGUCUUUGUCCACAUCUAAGUUUUGUCUUUGUUUGAUGGCUGGGAGAGCUGGCGCUGGAUCAGCUGGGAGAGCUUGGUCUGCUGUGUUCUGUGGGCCCAGGGACCAUGACUCUGCCCGGAGUGGCACCCGAGGAGGUAAAACCGAGGGCAGUCUGACAGGAUGCAGAAGCGGGGCAAGCUAAGCUAACUGCUAGCCCAUGCAGACCGGCAGUUCCAACAGUCAUCCUGGCUGGCAUUCGUUCCCUUGGACAGUGAUUUUUUGUUUAGUUUGGAUAUAUAUAUUUGUGUUAGUUUGGAUAUGUGUGUUCUUGUAGUUCUUGGAUAUGUGUUUUUGUCUUUGUGUUGCACUGCUGUGGGCGGGGAGAAACGACAUUUCCUUUCAUUUCAUGUACGCAAGCAUAUGAAAUGAAACAACAAAUAAAGUGUUCCUGAUUUUUGAUAUGCACGUCAUAAAUAUCUCCUGAAUGACAACUUGCUGUUGGAACAUAGCAGGCGAGUCCAAAUCGAAGUAUAAAAGUUAUUAAUGUUGAGGUGGUAGAUUGUGGGACAAUGCACCUUCAACAAGUUGAUAUUACACUUCUAAACUCCAUGUAUUAUUGUCUGUUCUUUCCUGGAGAACAGUCUCUGUGACACAAAGUUAUGACUGCUCCUCAGACAGUUUUAAGUUUGCUGUAGUGUCAGAAGUGAUAUGUUGAGGCUCAGAGCAGUCUAUUUAAGCCCAUCAUGGCAGGCCAACACUGGGAGGUUGUCAUUAUUGUGAAAUAACACUGUAUUGAAUUCCAUGUAAAUAGAGAAAUAUCUACUAGUUUGUCUUGUUCAACUUCACACUGCAUUGUAAUAACUGAUGAAACACAACAGACUAACAACUGCACACUUUAGCUGAGUUUCAUUCCUUUUUGAUGUAUCACAUUUUUAGAAAUAUCAAAUUAGUAGUUGACUGAAGUCAAGACCAUGUCACACUAGAUGUAAGUAAUGUUUUAUGAUUCCUGACCGACACAUUUCAGCAGAAGUAAAUUUAUCAUCCAGUCUGCAGUCCCCGUGAGAAAAAUCCUCAGAGAAGACACAACAAAAAACAAGAACAAGAGAAAGAAACACAACAAUGCCAUCUAAGAGUCACAAAAAUGUAAAAUGGAUAUUUAGGGGGUGGCAAACCACAACAUGGAUACAGUUUUUUAUAAAAUUAAAAGAUUAAAAAAUGAAGUUUAUGGAUGUCGGUGUUUCAUUCGUACAUUCAGAAACUGUAAUUUCACUUCUUGUAUCUUGGGGGGGGGG